UCGUGUCGUAUACACUAUACACUGACAGCGCAACUAGUUAUGUGCAUAGUGCAGCAACUCAAAGGCUACAGAUCUCGACGCCGGGUUAAGUCAGCUUACAACCUAGUCCAAUUACCAUGAAGACAAGGAGAUUUCCCUCUCCAGCGCUGACCCUGAAUGUGAAUGUUUCCUCAUGACUCGGGAGACUGACAGCCGCACGAACGGAGAUGCGAGCGACGCGCGCGUGUUUCUUCUUGAUUUCAGGAGGAGAUCGACUUUUCUCUUCGUGUCUUUAAGACGUUUGAUAUUCCCCCAUUAAAUAACUGCGAGCGGGAUCCCCUCAGAUUAGACUUUUCUUGGACUAACCUUUUCACCAUGGAGAUUUACACGGAUGUCUUGCUGGUCACCGCGAACGUCGGCUCGCUGUUUGACAAUGUGGGUGAGAUUGAAGGAGACUGGCUUCGAGAGUUCUCGACGGUGCACAAGUACAAGCCACGCUUCAUUGCCCUGCACUUUCAAGAAGUUGGUGGAAAGGACUAUACGAGUAACAUGGACCACGCUGAGAACUUUUUCCGGACCAUAGAGACCAGCCCUGGGAUGGCAGAUUUUGACAGAGCAUGUGUCUAUAUAGACAAUGUUUUUAAGUCAGACAGUUUCACGGCUCUGGGAAGCAUGUAUUACAUCCACAAAUCACUGAAAAAUAUCCAACAAUAUGACUUCAAUGUGAAGGAGUUUAAAGCUGUCUCGGGCUGCAACAAGUACGUGGGCUCACUGGAAGGAGUGACGACGGUGGAAAAAGAAAAAUUCCCAAAGAACUUCUGGCCUGAUUUCAAGUGGUCCAGAAAAGGCUAUAUGAGAACACGGUGGAUCAUUCACAAUCAGCCUUUGGAUCUUGUGAACAUUCACCUGUUUCACGACGCUUCCAACCUCAUAGCCUGCGACUCCAGUCCGUCUGUGUAUUCGACAAACCGCAAGACAGCUCUCAAAUACGUCAUCAGCAGGAUAUCAGAUAGCAGCUACAGUCCUGUCCCCUUCUUCCUGUUUGGUGACUUCAAUUUCCGUCUUGACACGCUCAGUUUAGUACAGAAUCUCUCAACGUCUGCUGAUCUCCAGACAGUAAAGAUGGUAAAAAACAAAGACAGUAGCAACGAGGUGGAAAAAAUCAUUUUCAAGGAAAAAGACAACGACCACAAGGUCCUCCUUCACAUAGAGACCAAGUUAUUUGCUUACUUGCACCAGGCUGUGUUCAGGGAAAACAAUGGAAAAGAGCUCCUGAAGUAUGAUAAGGAGAUCUAUGAAUUUCAUGAAAUCAUCACAGAGGAGGAUAUACAGUUUCCUCCUAGCUACCCGUACAGUGAAGACAACACUAAACCUACACAAUACAUGAACACACGGUGCCCGGCAUGGUGUGACCGCAUCCUGAUGUCACACGGUGUGAAAGACAUCAUCCAUCGGCCUGAAAAUGGUGAGAGAAAUGUUGUUUAUAACACACUGGGUUCCAAUGUCUGUAUGGGGGACCACAAGCCUGUUUUUCUCCGUUUUACACUGAAGACGAUUGCACAUUGACUCACAGGACUGGGAGAGUCGGAAGGUUUUGCUGUUAACACGUACCCAGAGAUUAUUCCAUGGACAGAUGUACCCCUCAUGAACAGUCACGUAUAGAUGCAACCUAUUCAGAUACAACAAAGCAUCCACACGGACCACUGAAAUCUCCACAAUACACUGCUCAAGCUGUUAAACACAAGAACCUCUCCUUUUCUGAAAGCUGAAAUAGCUGAAUAUAUAGUAAGAAAUGAACAGAACCAAGAAAACCAGACAGAAAGUGCUCAAGGCACCUCUCAAAGCUUGGACUUUUAACACGGGAAUAAGCUUCAGACUGCGUAGCGCAUGUAAACUCAAAUUGUAUGCAAAAUACAAUCGCCUGAUUUGCUUUUCCUCAAUGUUUUUGUAAUGAUGUGUGUACAGGUAGGCAGAAAAUAUUGAAACAUAUCCAAAUGCAGGCUGCGGCAACGCACAAGCUUUCGUCUGUAGAUGUUUUUAUUUACAUUCGUGUCUGUGGGUUGAUGUUUUUGUCCUAAACGCUGAACGUUCCGGUGGAACACUGUUCAGCUGCCACUUUUUCGUUCUUAAACUUUGUGUUUGUGCGCGUGUGGAUUUAUAUUUGAAAUAUUCAGCGUGUGUUUUGCAUUUACACUCAUCUCAGCAGAUAUUGCUGUCACCCUCUCAUGAGCUUCAGUCAUUGUGUCUGUGGGGUUGUUAGUCAGACUUGGAUCGAUAGAAUAUGUACAGGACAGCAAGGUACGAGUUAAAAAGCCAUUAGCGCUUGUGAAUUAUGGAAAUCCUGCACAGAGUGCUUUGGCCUGGAAGCCCCUCAGACUUUUAAUUAGAGAAGAUGUGCAAUGGAGAAUGUUAAUGUGGAGUUUAGCACUAUCACACGUUUUUUUUUAGCAGCGUUGAAUAUGGGUUCUAUAAGUUUAGUAUGAGUUUUUUUGUUGGGAAUUGUGUUGGGUUGUUCAGAUACGAUAAGGUGUGAAGUGGUACAAUGCUUUCUAAGGACCUCAUGAAUUCAUGCAGGUGCUCCAUUUCUGGUAUGUUAGUGGUCAUCGAUAUGCUAGUGUACUCCAACAGGUUGACAAACCAAAAUAUUUGUUGAGACAUACCGUCUUUAGUUUCUGGGAAAAUCUUAAAAAUAUUAUUGACUCAUUGGGAAUAUAAAGAACAGUUUACCCCAAAAUGGAAAUUCUCUUAAAAUUUUCAAUUUGUUUCUUCAUGAGACACCAAUAUUUGAAAGUAGUUGACGUUUGAAUUUUCGUUAAAAAAGCUCAAAAUAUUGUUUUAAAUACAAAAACAAAAGUAUGUUUUUGUUUCAGAAGACAUUUUGUCACCUUGGAAUUGAAAGUUUUUUCUCACAAUUGAGUUAUUCACAUAUUCUGUUUCCACUAUUUCAUUGUGGAAAAUGAUAAUUUUUUGUGUGACUAAAUUAUAUAUUUUAUAUUCAAAAUCAUUGCUGCCAUGAUGUUUCAAUGGUUUUGUAAGAAUUACGUAAGAUUUUUUUUAUGUGCAUAUAAGUUUUAUUAUAGUAUAGAAACUUGAGUGUUCAACCGAAGAAAGUCCUUUACGGAUGCCAUAAGUACAUUUUGAGAGAAUUUUCAUUUUUGGGUGAACAACAUAUAUGCGUUAUGGAUUUAUUAUGUCCCUUAAACUGCUUUUGAUUUCUUUGUGACCCCCCAUACCAUGGGUGUAAUUAAAACAUACGUAUGGAUAUUGACUGCAAGUACUUCAAUUCCUUUUUUUCCUGUUUUAAUAGGACAUGCAUCAGGAUACUCAAUAUUUUGAUUUGUUAUCUGAACAAAGUAUCUGAUAGAUUUUCAUAUGGCUAGAACCUUAAGAUGAAGACCAGUUGAAUAAAAGCCCUAUAUAAGUAUAUAAAUCUUUUUUUGUUUUUAUUGACAUUUUUGGGGAUGUUCAUCCCUUUGUAGUUGACUGAAUAAUCUAGUUUACAUUGAUGUUUUAUUGGGCUCCAGAAUGGGUUUGAUUCCCAAGGGAACACACAUACUGGUAAAAGAAAAUACCUUGCACUGUAAGUCGCUUUGUAUAAAAGCGCUUGCUAAAAGCAUAAAUGUAAAUAUAUUAAAUUGCUUUAAACACAAUUUCCAAUUUAAAAUGUGUUUAGAAUGAUUGCUCAUGAAAAGCCUUGUUUUUCUAGUAUGAUUGUUGGGGGAAUAAUAGUCAAGUUGUUUUUUAUUCGUAAAUUAGGAAAUGCAAUGAUCAGUUAAACUCUGUAUUGGUUGAGAAAGUAUUGAGAUAAAUAUGCCUUUCAACACUGUUUUUGUUUCUGAUAGACAGUUUAUUUACAUCAAAUCACCCUACCUGUUAUCCACAAGCGAUCAGGUAUGACAAUUCUGACAUUUCUCACCUCAACAAGAAUUUAUUGAUGAAAUCCGUAUAUUCAGAACCCCCGUGCAUAAUUUACGGGUAAGGGUUAAAUUUUUCUGCCAACCUGUCAAUAAUAGACUUGUUGUAGUUGAUUCAUGGUGUGGUCGACAUAAUUUACUGUGCUCUGGUGCAUCGCCUCAAGCUCUGCUUCCAAAGCUGUGGAGCUGGUAUAGAAACAGCGUAGAUGUCAUUUAGCAUUUUCUUUUUUAUAAACAGAAACACUACAAUCUUUUGACAAGUCAGUUUUUAUGUUAUUUAGAGUACUUUUGCAUGCUAAGUCAAAUUUAUAUGUAGCCAUAUAUGUUUGCACUUGUUGUUGGGAAUCAUUUUACUUCUUUUAUGAUACGUAGAACAUGCAACAAAGGUUUGUUAAAUAGCGUUUGUGAGAAAGCAGUCAUAGUACUUAUUUUAAUGUUAUCCUUUUUAGAGUGUUUCUCUUUUCUUUGUGUUUAACUCUUCUUUUUAUUCCAAAUCAUAUAAACAAAGCAUUGUCACAGGAUAAGACCAGAACCAAUGGAAAACUAAGUAGUAAUAGUGUGCAGUGUUGUGCAGUGAAAUUUGAAGAUUACUGCUUAAUAUUGGACUAAGGGGAAUGUUGGGUAUGGAAUUCAGCAUUAGGAAAUUGUUUUUGUUGUUGUAAAAUGCUGAAAUCGUCACCAGUCAUAUCCAUACCUCAGAAUUGGAAAAGGAUCCAUAGAGCGGUCCAUUAUCCAUAGAUAGUUCUUGCCCCACCUGUCAUAUUGGUUCUGAUUUACAGUAUGUAACAAUGUUCUGUUAAUGUACUAUUUCAUGUAACUAAGCAGGAAAAAAAUCCCAAAUUGUGGACAUAAAAUACUGUGCCAAAAAACUGCCCCCUCAAUUUUCCUAUUUUAUGGGUUUGGAAUGCAGUAAGAACUACAAUGCAUUUCUUCAGCCUCAGGUACUGCUGAAUGUUGGAAUAGCCUAAAAGACUCCCUUACUGUACUUUCUUCAACAUUAAUGAAUGGGUUUUAUUUGUUUCUUAAAUAUGAUACUGUGUUUUGUUUCCUAAUAAAAUUUAUAAAAUACAUAUAUUCAUUAACAAACAUGCACUUGAUGUAUUUCAAUUAUAUUUGAUACACGAUAUGGACAAAGGUAUUAAGACGCUCCCUUUUGAUAAACAUGUUUAUCUAUUCCAGUUAUUCCGAUUAAAACAAAAAUAAACCCCAUAUCGUAAAACACCAAUUUCGGAAGGGCCUUUGUCUUUGCCGAAAUGACCCUGUGUAAAAGAUCAUUGAUGGGUUUUGCGUGAUGAGUGUUUGACUCAAAGGUGUUCAGCUGGUUUCAGCUCUGAGCUUUAUACAGACCAGUAAAGCAGACAUCUCAACCUGCAAAAAAGCAUUUCAGGGAGGUAUCCCGAAAGCACAACCCCCUGCCGAUCCCGCGCCCCCCCCCAACAAAAAUGGAGGCCAAGGAUAUGAUAUUUCACCACAGAACAUGACUAUACUUUUAUAACGAAAUACAGUUGAAAUGAACAACAAGAUUGAAUAAAUUAACUAUUUACACACACUGCAAAUGUUGGCCUAGGCCUAUUUCCAACAUCCUAUGCCUUUUACUUUUCUUGCAAGCUUUCAUUGUACUUUGUUGCUGCUUUCUUCGAAGAUUUUAGCAACUUUCCAGAAACCUCAACCUCAUAGCACUCUGUAUUUUUAGAUGAUGCACAAGCAAAUUUCGUUGUAUGUUACUACUGCACAAUGACAAAUAAAAUUCUCUCUUUCUCUCUA